AUGACGCAGUUGGAUAAUACAGAGCACAAACGCAAGUCGGUGUCUAGUACAACCCACGAGUACGGCUCGGAAGUACUUCCUAGCUGCGUACAGACCAAGAUCAAAGGAGACAUCAGUGUCGCUGCCACCACCAGUGCUUAUACUGGCAACGGUACAUCUGAAAUCAUCGAUGAAUGCGACCUGCAAGAGAUGAAAGAAGCACUUCCUUGGUACAAACAAACACUAUGGCGGGUUUGUGUGUUCAUAUUGUUGGUUGAGAUGUGUGAGCGCCUGACGUACUACACCAUUGCGGGCUCUCAACGAAAUUUCCUUGAAAACACAGGAUACUCUAAUUUCCAGUCGACUAGUAUCAACAGCGCGUUUACUCUGCUGUGCUACGUAACACCUCUUGCCGGUGGUUGGAUUGCAGACAGCGUUCUCGGUCGCUACAAGACAAUCGCUCUUUUUGCAAGCAUAUAUCUGUGCGGUACGUUUGUAACCGCAGUAGCAGCCUACCCUACAAUCAUGAAUGAUGGUCUCUAUUUGUUCGGAACGCUUGCACUUAUUGCUAUUGGAACUGGUGGGAUUAAGCCGAAUAUCAACAAUUUCGGUGCUGAUCAGUACGAUAUACCUGGCGAAGCCCGCGAACAAGAGUCCUUCUUCGCGUACUUUUACUGGUGUAUUAAUAUUGGCGCCGCCGUAGCUUUCGGCUACUUAGUUACACUCGCAACAAGCGGUCAGGAACCAUCCAUUCCUCAAGAAUAUGGAUUCUUUGCUGCAUAUUGUAUAGCCGCAGGCAUUAUGGUUUUCGCAGUUCUAUUUUUCUUUGCCGGCACAACCAGAUACACCAUGAAACCGCCAGGAGGAGACGCACUGAGAGGUUUAAUUCACUACAUAUAUAACGGAGCAUUCGGGGCAGAAACAAGGUCGCUCAAAGGUUUGGGAUCCGCAGUUGGUUGGGUUUUACUAUUCGUUACUCUUGGGUUAGCGCUUGCUCAAGCAUUCAUCCCCGGUACUACAGGCAAGGUCGUCGGCUACAUUGCUUUAGCUACAGCGUUCGUGACAACUUUUCUACUGACUACAUGUCAUCUGAAUAACUCACAUUUGGACGGGUGUCCAGAUCACAAAAGCCAAUACUUUUCCAGGGUUGAUGCACAGGCAUUUUUAGAUACGGUUCCUACUAUCGUGAUCGGCAACAUAUCAUUUCAAAUCUCGUAUAAUUGUAUGAUGGGUGUGAUGAUGUCCCAAGCUUGUCAAAUGGAUCUUAUGGUCGGAUCUUCGCAAAUCAACGGUUCUUUCUUCAACAUCGGCGACUGUUUCUCCAUAAUUAUUUGUACACCCAUCUGGGAGAAAUUUUUAUAUCCAUUUGUAGAGAGAAGAAAGGGAUCACCUGUGACACGCAAUCAAAAGCUUGUGAGCGGAUUAAUUAUCACGAGCAUAGCUAUGUUCAUUGCGGCUGGAUUGGAAUACGCGCGCCGAGCGGCGCCAGUAUUAGCGAACACAUCGGAUUGCUCGCCAAAAAAUCCUCUCACAGGAGAAGGGAUGCAGAUGUCAGAUAUCUCAGCGUUCUUAAUAUUUAUUCCUUUUGCACUCAUCGGUAUGGGAGAGAUCAUGGUGCUGCCUCAGCUGUAUUAUUUCAGCUAUGAUCAGACUCCCAAAUCUGGUCGCUCCGUAGCCAUGGCGUUUAAUCUUCUGAUUGGUGGUUCAUUGUCAAGUGCAUUCACAUCGGCAUUCACAACGGCUAUGCAAGGCUUGUAUCCGGACAACCUGAACGACGGGCAUAUCGAGUAUUUCUAUUAUUUGGGUGCCGGAUUCGCUCUCUGCGGGAUCCCAAUCUAUUUGUGGGUGUCGAACCAGUUUGUGGCCAAAGACUUCCGUACUGAAGCAGAUCCUGUAGAAACAACUAUUCAGCUCGAAUUAGGAAGCGCCGAGAAGAAGACUUCCACCAACCAGCUACAGUUCGAGUUAGGCGACUCAGAGAAGAAAAUUUCUACUAAGCAGUCAAAUAUUUGUUAA